AACAAAAACAACACAAAUCGGUGCUAAUUACGGUAACUUGUUUCUAUUUUUGAUUUUUUUUUUUUCUUCGUGCUAAAAAAGGAAUUUGGCUUUAAAGGUUUGUUUUCGCUUAAAAUAGAGCAUACAGAGAGAUAUUACGGAAGUUGUAUUUAUAUAAAAAUCAAUAACAAAAGGAAAUAAAAAAUAACAACAAGGAAGUUAAAAUGAUCCAAAGAAUAACUACAUUUGUAUUAGUUUUUGCCGUGUUCUUCUCGAAUGGAUGCAAUGGACAACAACAACAGCAGCAGCAACAGCAGCUGAAGGGCAACCAAGAGGAUCCAUGCAAGAUAAAACAACGUGUUGUCAGUGACGAAGUCUAUUGCGACAGAUAUUGGGAAUGUGUCAGCAAUCAGCCCGAACUCUAUGAUUGUCCCAAUGGGCUGGUGUUUGCUGGUAAAAAUCGUGGCGUUACCGAAGGGUGCGACUAUCCAUGGAGGGCAAACUACUGUGAGGGCAAGCAGUUGGCAAACGGGCCUAUUUCCACCGAACACUGUGACUGGUUGUAUGGCAUCUUUGGACACGAGACAUCAUGUACUCGAUAUUGGACAUGCUGGAAUGGUACGGCUGCCGAACAGCUCUGUAUCGGUGGAUUACUCUACAAUGAGGCUUCGCACAGCUGUGAUUGGCCCGAGAAUGUUGAUGGUUGCCAAAAACAUCCACUCUGCAAUGAGGAUGCAAACGGAAAUGUUCCAUUGGGAAAGUCCUGCAAUCGUUAUUGGCAAUGCCAGGGUGGCUAUCCACGUUUGCAGCGGUGUCCGGCUAUGUUGGUUUUUGACAGGCAUUCACUAAGGUGUGUUGUUCCACCAACAUCGGAGUGUGAUGUCCCAACAACACAAACGCCUCUCGAUGGCGAAGAACUAUCAGAUGAUGGUGCACCAAGGAGUGCCACUUCACAAAAACAGGACGAACAAGAAAGACAGCUGGCAAAUGAAGGUGUUCCACCACUGCCACUACAAGGGAAAAAUUUCCAACGUGCAAGAAAUUAGAAGAAAAAUUCAACAAAAUAAAAAAAAAUACAACUAAGAAAAAAAAGUAAAAAAAAAAAAAAACAA